AUGGCCUCACAGGCAAUCCCAAACAUUGACCCAAAACAUAUCUUUGCUGCUGUAUCCGAGCUCGGAAUCGUCGGAAAUUGCCCAUUCUUGGACGGAGAAUACCACGGAGGUGAGUGUCGCGUCUUCAAACUCAGCUUCAAAGACGAGGCAAGCGUGGCCGUCCGUGUGCCGCACCCAAAUGAUGACAGCAGCCACGACAACACGAUAGCCACAGUUCAAAUCGAGGUCCGUAUCCUCGAAGAACUCAAGGCAAAGGGCUUCCCCUGGGCUCCGAGAUGCCUCGGGGCUAGCUUGACUUUCGACAACCCCGUCAACCACCCCUUCGUCGUGUUGACUUGGGCCGAGGGACUUCCCUUAAGUUGGGACGAAAAUUACCCGCCCCGGCCACUUCGAGAUUCUUUACUUGGCCAAUUAGCCUCAAUACAGCUAUCCUUAAUACAGUGCACACUCCAAAAUGGUUCUACUACUGCAAUGGCUUUCUUCGGACGACGUAUAGGCAACAGGCUAAGGCAUGUUCGAGAGGGAAGCAUUCCUAGACUUACCGAGAAGGACUGUCUCGACCAGCAAGCUCUGCUUGAUCAGGUACUCGAUGGAGAUCGGAAUAGCACCGUCUUCGCCAUAGAUCACGGCGAUAUCAAGCCGGGAAACAUUAUCGUCGACGGGAAUUACAACAUCAGAUGUGUCAUCGACUGGGGCUUUGCGGCGUUAGUUCCAAUUGCCAGAGCUGCUGGACUUCCUCGCUUUCUAUGGCCCGCCCAUUCGGCUAGAUUUGCUCCGAGCCGAACGAUCCUGAAAGACAGACAGGCUUACACUCGCUCUCUUUCUUCCUAUACUUCACCGGCGGCCUUGUUCAUGCUGCGUUGGCAAACCGCUGAAGACGUGGACUUUCGAACCCUCUAUUUAGAGUCUAUCUCCAGCAAAGGAAUGCACAUUUCUAUGGCGCGCAUCGAUUGGAAGGUUGAUUGUGUAUUUCUCGGGCAUGAUGAAGAACAAGGUCUCGCGGAUGCUCAAGAAACUUGA